AUGGCCACCCCCGCAGCCGAUAUCCGCCUGUACAAGAACCGCCAGUCCCCCGUCGCCCAUGUCGCUUUUGUCCACCCUGGCGAUGGCAAAGGCCGGCCAGAAACGCUCAUGAACAUACCGCUCAUCAUCGUGGCGGUGUGCGACGAAGAUACGGAUGAAGACGACAAGGACAGCUAUGCUGUAUAUCUACAUACGCAUAAACAUUCCGGUCUCGUCGAAGCCGUAUCCCAAGGGAACGGUACCUUGACAGCUUCCACCAUCAUGAUCGACGGCAUGGUCCUCUCCCCAACAGCGCACGAUCACACCUUCAACUACCGCUCCGCCACCCUCCACCUCCACAACCCCACCAUCCUCCCCUCCCCCUCCUCCCCCGAUACCCCACAACACGAAGAGAAACGCCACGCCCUCGCUGUCGUCACAGAUACCUGCACGGGGUACGAUCGCACGUCUGCAGUAGGACAGCCGAUGGACGCGAACGUAUCGGGGACGACGGUAAUCAAGUGCCGGAUCGCUGCUAUAUCGUGUAAACAGCGGUACGGCGCUUUCAAUGGAGGGCAGGAGCCGGUUCUGGAGUUUGAAGAAGGAAGCGGAGGGGAAGGGGAGAAGGCGUUCCAAGGGGUGAUACCGUGCUGGACACAGUUCGGCUCGUUGGUGGGCUUUGGGAAAGACAGGGAACAGGUGCAAGCUGUCUUUGACCAGCGGUCAACUCAAGCCAGAGCCUUCUCACACUCGGCUGCUUGGGCGGAUGAAAGUGCCGUGAUAGAAGAUCUGGGAAAGAAGCGUCCGAAAGCGUCAUGA